AUGUUCGCGGUGAUGAACGCGGCAGGAUUCGUUCCUCACGACUUCGUCGAUCUCGACGGCGAGCGAUUCAAGUCCGCGGUGACGAUCUCCAAGGCGAGAAGAAGGGAGCAACAUCGUGAUGGCGACGGCGACGACGACAGGAGGUGCAAGACGUUGCAUCUUCUACGGGUCAGAGGCUCGCAGCGGUUGUCGGCUGAAGGGAUCUUCGUUCUGACUGACUACUGCCGACGCCUCCGCGAAUUGUCCAUAUCAUACUCGUUAUUGAGCGACGAGUUGCUCUUAGCGCUAUGCUCGGUGAAACAAAUCCACCUGGAGACCCUGCGAAUAGAAGCGCACCCGGAAACUAGGCCCCUUCCAUACAUCAGCGACAAAGCGUGGUCUGUGUUUUCGAAUCGUCUACCCAAUAUGAACGUCAUACUAUUGUCUUACAUGGCUGACGAGGACGAUGAAAGAUUGUUAUUUACGCCGCACUUCCCCGUGACGCAUCUCUACUUAGGCGACGCGCCGUCGCAGGCGACGAUAUCGCGAAUCAGCGAGCAGUGCCCACGGCUGAUAGAACUAGUGAUCGCCGCUUACGAGUCCGGUCCGAUCGAUCGCUUCUUGAUCUCGAUAGCUAAGAAUUGCGCGCAGCUCAGCGCCGUCGGCUUGGGCGACUGCGAAGUUACCUGUUCCGGGUUGGCGAGAUUCGUCGCGCUCUGCGCGCGUCGUCUUCAGGCGCUGUACGUGGUGGAGAUGUCGCUGAUAGAAGACGCUGAAUUCGACAUCACCGGAGUGUCGGCGAACGUGUCGUCGCUCCUUGGUCGGACAUGGGUGCCGGAAUACGUGCCGUUAUGGUGACCGGAGCCCUGAGGAGUGAGCGAAGAGAGGUUUCAGUCCCAUGACAGA